AUGGCACUUAAUGGUACUUGGAAAAUAGACAGAAAUGAAAAUUAUGAAAAGUUCAUGGAGGCAAUGGGUGUUAACAUAAUGAAAAGAAAGUUAGGAGCCCAUGAUAAUCUGAAGAUCACAAUGCAACAAGAUGGAAACAAAUUUACUCUCAGAGAAUCAAGCAACUUCCGUACCAUAGAUAUUGAAUUCACUCUGGGAGUCAGUUUUGAGUACAGUCUGGCAGAUGGGACUGAACUUUCGGGUUCUUGGAACAUGGAGGGAAACAAACUUGUAGGAUCAUUUACGAGGAAAGAUAACGGAAAAGUGCUCACAGCAUGCAGAGAAAUUGUAGGUGAUGAACUUGUUCAGACUUACGUGUAUGAAGGGGUUGAAGCCAAGAGAAUCUUCAAAAGGGGCUGAAUACUUCACACAGAACCGCACUAGAAUCUGAAAACAACAAAAAGGGACCAUUUUUCUACAUACCAUCCACUUCCCCCUCCCCCUUUUAUUCCCACACUACACUUCCUAAGAUGGAAUUACUUAGCCCUGCUGAAAACACAGGCUAGUUUCCUUUGUUUACUGUUUUGCCUUGAAUAAACAAAAUCCCAUUACAAUUGACACAAAUGCUAAGACAUCAUUUGUAUCAAGUCCUGCCUAAGUGCCAUACCGCAAAAGGCUGCAGCAACUACUCUCUUUAAGCAGAACUUAAAUACUUUUUGCACUGGUUCUCAAAUGGCAGCUUAG